AUGACAACAUCAUUAUCAACAUCUACUACACGCAAUGGACAACAGAACGGAAAACAGAUUGCUCGUCCACUUCGUCGCUCGGCUAGAAUUUCCGAUUUAAAGGAUCGCAAGGCAGGCGCGAGUAACACUGGCAUUGGUAGUGCUUCCAGGAGUGCUUCUAACAGCACGUCGACGUCUAACAUUUCCAGUUCCACCUCGCCGGCCGCUACCGUAACAUCACCAGUGCGAAAACAGCGAUCGGAUAAAGUAGUCUCGAAUAUCAAAUCAGGAGGCGUUUGCGGAUGCAAGUCUUCAGUGUCAUCUCAUUCGCCUUCAGCUCAUUCGCGUUCUCAUCAUGCGGGUGCCCAUGCCGGUGCUCGAACCAAUGCUCGUACAAGCUCUCACUCUAGUGCCCAUGCCAGUGCCCAUGCCGAUGCUCACACCAACGCUCAUGCCAAUGCUCACACCAACGCUCAUGCCAAUGCUCACACCAACGCUCAUGCCAGUGCCCAUGCCAGUGCCCAUGCCAACGCUCACACCAACGUUCGUGCCAGUACCCAUGCCAGUGCCCAUGCCAAUUCUCAUGCCAACGCUCACACCAACGUUCGUGCCAACUCUCAUGCCAAUUCUCAUGCCAAUUCUCAUGCCAACGCUCAUACCAAUGUUCGUGCCAAUGCUCAUGUCAAUUCUCACACGAAUGUUCGUGCCAACGUUCGUGCCAACGUUCGUCCCAACAACGUUCUUCGUGCCAAUGUUCAGACCAAUGGCGCUCGUGUCAACAACACUCUUACCAGCGCUCACGCCAAUUCUCAUGUGAACAAUGCGCGUAUCAGCACGAACUCUAGCGCUUACGCUAAUGCCAAUGUCACCAAUAGUAAUGCCAACAACAAUGGCCACAUUAAUGCAAAUGUCAAUGCCAACGUCAAUGUUAAUGCCAACAUCAAUACCAAUGUCAACAUCAAUACCGAUGUUAAUGCCAACAUCAAUACCAAUGUCAAUGCCAACGUCAGUACCAAUGUCAAUGUUAAUGCCAACGUCAGUACCAGUGUGAAUGCCAACGUCAAUACCAGUGUGAAUGCCAACGUCAAUAGUGUCAACACCAGCCUUUCAAUACAGAGACCGAUUAGUAAGCUUGAAAAGGAACAAAUCGGCCAGCAAGUUGUAGUCAAGACAGCACACUGUGAAAAGAAAUUAAAAUUUUCAAAUGAAUUUGAAAAAGAAGAGGUGAAAAGCCAAGAUUCUGCAAUAGUCGCGAGCCACUUGACAAGAAUGCCUGUUGAUUUGGUGGUUUAUUUGUUAGAAUUUUUGGGUCCUUCGCUUGCAACUAUGGAGCGCGUUUCAAGACAGCUCUGCCAACUUAUCCGUGGUCCGCAUAGCCCAUAUCGUGAAUUGUAUAACAGGUUAGUUCACAUGUAUCGCCCAGUGAAACCUAACGAUGAAGACGGCGACGAAUUCCUGUUGCAUGCUCCAAUGUGGAUUGGAAACGGAAAAUACGGGCGCGACCGUAAAGGUGGCCUUGCUGUGCGUGAUUGGAAGGUCCAGUUUGUCGAAACGUACAAAUUCUACGUCACAGAAGUAUGCACAAUCUGUGGCAAACAUGGCGAUCCUAUUCCUGUAUGGGAGGUUCGAUUGUGUAGGUUUUGCAUAGCUCGUCAAUUGGUAAACAAAAGUGCCUUGAGUUCUUUCGCUCUGUCUGCAAAGGAAGUUGACGUAUUGAAGCCAUGGAAAACAUACGUAUACGAUCUCGGAAUGACGUGUACGUUUUAUUUGCGCGCUCACCUCGACUAUCUACGCAAACAAAGACAUCCUUCUGCCACCAAAAUGCAGUUGGAUCGUCAAGUAUCUGAACGUCAAGCAACGAAAUUUCAACACGAAAUCAGGAAGCGGAAGAAAAAGCACCGAGAACAAGAUGAGGCGCACAGCGAGAGGUCUCAGGCUGUGCUUACAUGCUUUAGGGUUUUAAACUUGAAGCCAGAGACGAAUACUAUGGAUGAAUGGUGGUUUCCCAAGGAACUAAAGUUGGAGAUCCUAGAGUACAUUUCUAACAAGACCAACAAUAGUUUGGCCAGAAAGCGUCUAAGGAUGUCACUCGACGCUUCCUCGUCUUCUUCGUCCUCAUCAGCAGAACUAAUUGCAAAAGCCAAAGCAACCCGUAAAUCCCUUGAAGAUAUCAUCCAUGAUUUAGAAGUAAUCGUAGUUCCACGACACGAGAGACUCAACGAAAUCAAUAAACGUUUAUAUCAGGAGCAUGGCAUUCAAGCGGAAAAACUGCGCGCCACACUUGAUUUGAAGACACGUCGGAUAUAUGACGAUUACGUCCUUGGCGGCAAUGGAAUUAAUAGCAGAGAUUAUGUUUCAUCCAUACCGCCAUAUUCACCUUCAUAUGCAUUGUCAUCAUUGAACUCAUCUUCACUGCCCUUAUCAUUUACGCCUUCUUCAGCUUCUUCGUCCUCGAUAUUUUUUCCGCCCGUAUUCACCAUCGAUCGUACCAUAGAAGAAAUUCUUUCAUUCUUCGAUCGAGAGCAUAUCUUUGAUGAAUCUGUAAAAAACGCUUGGAGUACGUCUAUAUCAAAGGACGAUUUUCUUUUAUGCGAUCUGGACCCACAGAAAUUCCUUCGUGAUGCCAAAGAAUGGUGGGCUCGUCGAGGAAAAAAGCCCCCACCAGAACGAUGUGGAGAAUUAUAUCUCGCUCGAGUGCGCAAGCGUCAAGAGUGGUUACGUACGGACAUGGCUGAGAUCAAGAAACAAGAGACGUGGAGAAGGCAGCUGUUAGAGAAAAAGUUAAAGGGAACUAUUGAUUGGCAUUACACCGAGUUGAAGGAUGCAAUUGAGGAACUGAAAAACGUCUAUGAGACUAACUUGAAACGAAGAAUGAGAAACAGAGUUAUAUUCUGGAUGAAGGGGUUGUCCACUUGCUUGAAAAUGGUUGAACCUGCUGGGCAUUUGAAAAAGAUGUAUGCAGAUUAUGAGGACUUUAUUAAAAAUUGUAACGGGUUUGUUUGUUCAACUGAAGAAGGUUGCUGUGGAUGUCUCGAAUAUGCAUUUAGAGACAUUUUAAAGGCUAACAAUGAACUACGCAGACGAGCAUGGCUUGACAAAGAACUAAGAACGUACUUAUACAUACAUUACCAAGGUCCUGACUUUUUAGCAAGUCCUGAAGCAAAGGAAGUCUACAAUUGUGCUGCAAGAUACAACAAAGUUCCCAAACGUAUAGCAGCUCGUUAUGUUGCACGUGCGGAAUGCUUUAUGCAACGCCUCCUCAACGAAAUUCCGACAUUCUCCCUCGACCUAAUUACUUUCUCGGCACGCGAACAUUAUCGUGCAUGCGUGGGCGAAUUCCCAACCGACCUUUAUAUAACGUGCAACAAUCGCUUUAUGUUUGACUAUUCCCAUUCAUCGGACGUAAAUUACUAUAUAAGUGAUCCUGAACUCGACUCGGCAAUCGAGAAGAUUAAAGAAUGUGAGCGAAUCAGAAUAUCUCGCCUCGAGAUGGUUGACAGGGCAGCAAAAGUGGCAAAAUUACCAUUGACAUAUUGGAACAAAUCACUGAUCAAGAGACCGAACGAAAACAAUAGUAGCUUUGCGCAAAGAGUGAGAUGGAUCGCGGGUAACGAGUGGUUCUCAUUCAAUCAGUUGGCACAGGCAUGGAUCUAUGAUGAGACACAGUUACCAUUUAGCGAACUAGUUCCAUUCAUUGAGCGUCGAGCAAAGACUAUGGAGCAUGAGAAGCGCAAGGAAGAUAUUCAGGCAAGAAUCAAAGAGGAUCCUCGUUUCCAAGCCUUAUUUACAGAUUUGGACGAAGAAGCCGAUUUCUUCCUUCGUGCUUCGUACGAGAUCAUGACUAUAUAUAAAGUAUCAAACUUGUACAAAGCGUACGUGGAUGACGUAGAAUCUGGCAUAAAUCCCGCAGACAUUGUAAACCAAGUUGUCGAUCUGAUAAGAGAUGUUAAGACUGGUGUUAUCAGUAAGAGUUCGUUGUGUGUGGCUGAUCGAGAGCGAUUCAGCGAAGAAGACGAGGACGACGAUGAUAGAUCGGAACAACAAGCUCUGCUUCUUCGCACAACAGACCUUGAUUUUCACAAUCAAUUCCACCGCUGUUUCUUUACAAAUCAAACAUUAUAA